AUGGGUGAUACACAAAGUCGGCGGCAGGCGUACCAGGUCGAGCGCGAGGAGCAAAGGUCGAGUAGGAGUAGGUCCCCGGAGCUACAAUUGUUGGCCUCACCGCUAGUGUUAACCGCGGGAUCCAUGGGACCGACGGUGUCCCCCAUGGUAUCGCCGGGGUACACCGAGGCGGAAACGCAAGGAGCUACCAGCAGUAGCAAGGAGCCCCGCACCAGCAAGCGCGAGGGGCCCCGCACCAGCAAGCGCGAGGAGCCCCACACCGGCAAGCGCGAGGAGCACCGGACCAGCAGACGCGAGGAGUCCCGCACCGGCAAGCGCGAGGAGCCCCGGACCAGCAGGCACGAAGAGCCCCGCACCGACAAGCGCGAGAAGCCCCACCCCAGUAAGCGCGAGGAGCGGCCUGAGGGAGGAAGGAGGGGGCGCACGGAGACGCGGAAGGAGGAGCCCAGUGAGCGGGCCUCGAAGCGGGCGUCCACGCGUUCGACGCGUACGGCCAAGGAAGAGGAGUCGUCGGCACGCACAAGGGGGAGGUCGACGGCGCGGCGAGGGGAUCAGCGGCCGACAGACCCACAGGUCGAGGAGCCGCAGCCAACGCCGGCCGAAACCGCGGUCAAAGAGCCGCAGACAACGCCGAUCGAGUUCGCGGUCAAAGAGCCGCAGUCAACGCAGGCCGACAUCGCGGAAGAUAACGCGGCCGCUGAGGCACGACGCCUCGCGGAAUGGCACCGGCGGUUCGCGCUGGCCGCGGCGGCGGAGGAGCGGAGACAACGGCGUGUAUGGGAGGACGCCUUGACGCUGGCAAAGAGGCUGAAGGCCACGCAGGAGGCUGAAAAGGCGGCGCAAGAAGCGGAGGCGCAGCGCCACGAGCGAGGCGUCGCGCACCAAUGGCGGUAUGCGCCCAGCAGCAGGUCUCCGCUGCCGCUGACGGAGACGAUGAUGCCACUGAUGCCGCUGAUGAUGAUGAAGUUGCUGCCGGGGCCACAGACCAACUGCUGA